CACAAACUCAAGCAUUAGCACCAACAAGCUCUCAGCGUCAUCCGUCUCUGGAAAGCCUUCGGAACUAGACAAGGGCUGCCUCCCAGCACAGCCACAAAGCACCGUCAACCUGGCCAGCCGAGCGGGUAAACCUGGCCCUCAUGGCUUUUAAGCUGGGGUCUCGGGCAGCGAGGAGGCCUGCUGGCUUAGAAGAGCUGAAAACCCACAGGAUGAGUUGCUUUUUCUGAGAAUGGCAAAAGCCGGCACGAUAAGGAAUGCCAGGUACUCUGAAGAUUUCCUUUCUUUCUUUUUUUUUUCCCCCUCCUCUCUUUUUCCAGAGAAGUUGGUCACCCCUGAGAUGGGCUGCCGCUCGGCUGCACAGAUUGCCAGUUACUGCUGACGGGUCUCUGCUGAAUUACACAAGGAUGCUCAGCGCCUAGAGGCCCUCCCCAGCCCCGGCUGCUCCUUCUCCCGGCCCCCCACCCCAGGCUGGGGUUUGUUUUUUUUUUUUCAUAUAUGUAUAUAUAUUUCUCGCCUGUCCUCUCCGGGGAAGUUUGUGAGGGGCCAGCAGCGCCCAUGCGGGAUCAGAAUGGUGUGAAUGGCAGCCGCGCUGUGUCAUGAAGGUGCUGGUGGCUUCAGCACAAGACACCAAAUAAGAAGAAAGCUGAGAGCAGGGGGGAGCCGUGUUUGGAUGACAAAGGAUGGGUUUCCGUUCAGUUACGCAGCUGAGAGGCAUGCGUGUGGUGCUGGCGCUGCUCCCCACCCUGCUGCUUGUGGCGCCCACGGGGGCUCAGAGAGCUUGCCCAAAGAACUGCAGAUGUGACGGCAAAAUUGUGUACUGCGAGUCCCAUGCCUUCGCAGACAUCCCCGAGAACAUUUCUGGAGGGUCCCAAGGCUUAUCACUGAGGUUCAACAGCAUUCAGAAACUCAAAUCCAAUCAGUUUGCCAGCCUUAACCAGCUUAUAUGGCUUUAUCUUGACCAUAAUUACAUUAGCUCGGUGGAUGAAGAUGCAUUUCAAGGGAUCCGGAGGCUGAAAGAAUUAAUUCUAAGCUCCAACAAAAUUACCUAUUUGCACAAUAAAACAUUUCACCCAGUCCCCAACCUCCGCAGUCUGGACCUCUCCUACAAUAAGCUCCAGACACUGCAGUCGGAACAAUUUAAAGGCCUUCGGAAACUCAUCAUUUUGCACUUGAGGUCAAACUCACUGAAGACGGUGCCAAUAAGAGUUUUUCAAGACUGUCGAAACCUUGACUUUCUGGAUCUGGGCUACAACCGCCUUCGGAGCUUGUCCCGAAAUGCUUUUGCGGGUCUCUUGAAGCUAAAGGAGCUGCACUUGGAGCACAACCAGUUUUCCAAGAUCAACUUUGCUCAUUUUCCACGUCUGUUCAACCUCCGCUCGAUCUACCUGCAGUGGAACAGGAUCCGCUCCAUUAGCCAAGGCUUGACGUGGACUUGGAGUUCCUUACACAACUUGGAUUUAUCAGGGAAUGACAUCCAAGGAAUUGAGCCGGGCACGUUUAAAUGUCUGCCCAACUUGCAAAAACUGAAUCUGGAUUCCAACAAGCUCACCAACAUCUCCCAGGAGACCGUCAACGCUUGGAUAUCAUUAAUAUCCAUCACUCUGUCUGGAAAUAUGUGGGAAUGUAGUCGCAGCAUUUGUCCCUUGUUCUACUGGCUUAAGAAUUUCAAAGGAAAUAAGGAAAGCACUAUGAUCUGUGCGGGACCUAAGCACAUCCAGGGCGAAAAGCUCAGUGAUGCCGUGGAAACAUACAACAUCUGCUCCGAGGUCCAGGUGGUCAACACCGAAAAAUCGCACCUGGCCCCCCAAACCCCCCAGAAGCCUCUGAUUCUCCCCAGACCCGCCACCUCCAAAUCGGACCUCACCCAGCCCACCCUGGAAGCACCAAGCCCUUCCCCAGGGUUUCAGAUUCCUGGCACAGAGCAAGAGUACGAGCACGUUUCAUUCCACAAGAUCAUUGCAGGGAGCGUGGCUCUCUUUCUCUCGGUGGCCAUGAUUCUCCUGGUGAUCUAUGUGUCCUGGAAACGCUACCCAGCCAGCAUGAAGCAACUUCAACAGCACUCGGUCAUGAAGAGGCGGCGGAAAAGGACCAGGGAGUCUGAGAGACAGAUGAACUCCCCUUUGCAGGAGUAUUACGUGGACUACAAGCCUACAAACUCUGAGGCCGUGGAUAUAUCCGUGAACGGAUCCGGGCCCUGCACGUACACCAUCUCUGGCGCCAGGGAGUGCGAGAUGCUGCGCCACGUGAGGCCCCUGCCGCGCUACAGCUUCGAGCAGCCGGCGCUCGGGUACUGCCAGGCUCACCAGCCGCUCCGGGUCGGCGGGGGCCGCGAGGCCGUGUCCCCGGAGCGCGACGAGGCCCCCGGCCUGGAGCUCGGGCGCGACCGCGGCUUCAUCGCCACCAUCGCCAGGUCGGCGGCGCCAGCCCUCUACCUGGAGAGGAUAACAAACUAGCGGCGCGGCCAGCCCCCCGGGGGCUCGACGCGGCAGGGGGGCCUCCGAGCCGAGGACGCGGGGCGCCGGAGGGCACGGCCGGGACGGCGCGGACGCGCAGGAGAGGAAGCCACCCUGCGCGCAGAGGCCGCGCGCGCCUGCGGUGCCCGGGGACCUGCGGGACUCGCUCUGCUUCAAGACAUCAAACAAACGAAAGUACUCCUGGACGUACAUAGUACGAGCGUCCAGUUCUUAUGAAAAACAGAUUCCUCCCUGGCUGCAUAUAGGCUCUUUGUGUAUCUGGCUUUUUUCUACCCUGCAUGG